AUGAGGUUCAAGCUUUUUGUUAAGAAGCACCCAGUUCAGUUCCGGCAGCCGACAAUCAGCGGCCUCUCACAGAUCACCAGAAGCCUGUACGUCAGCAAUGGUGUAGCUGCCAACAACAAGCUCUUGCUGUCCAGCAACCAGGUCACUUCAGUCAUCAAUGUCUCAGUAGAGGUGGUAAAUACCAUCUAUGAGGAUAUCCAGUAUACACAGGUGCCUGUGGCUGACGCACCCAUCUCCAAGCUCUAUGACUUCUUUGACCCCAUUACCGACCACAUCCACAGUGUGGAAAUGAAGCAGGGCUGUACACUGCUACACUGUGCCGCUGGCGUGAGCCGCUCAGCCACUUUGUGCCUUACCUACCUCAUGAAGUACCAUGCCGUGUCCCUGCUGGAUGCCCACACAUGGACCAAGUCAUGCCGGCCCAUCAUCCGACCCAAUGCUGGCUUUUGGGAGCAACUCAUCCAUUAUGAGUUCCAGCUGUUUGGCAAGAAUACUAUACACAUGGUCAGCUCCCCAAUGGGAAUGAUCCCUGACAUCUAUGAGAAGGAUGUCCGUUUGAUGAUUCCACUGAAUGCACCAGAUGAUACCUUUUAUAAGGGCAAAAAAAAAAAAAGAAAGUGA